ACUUGUCUCAUUUUUUGCUCAAACUUUUAAUAUGCAUUGUUAAGGUACAGGGUAUUCGAAAAAUCACAGCACAAGUAAGAAUGAGGCGAUCCAUGGUGCGAAAGAAAAUUUGAAAAUUCGUUGUACAGGGUAUCAUUUUUAAUUAUUACGUUAAGUACAAAUCACUAUGCAUGGCAAUAGAUAAGGCACAACUAGCACGUUUGCUCACGGCUAAAUUUACUUAAGCUCAAUAUAUUUCUACUUAUGCGAACACAAUCUUCUUCGUGCCUGUAUAACUGAUUCAGCUUGUAGAAACUAAAGCUCCGAGUUUCGUUUGAAUUUUCGUUAGCGCCAGGGAUCGCCUCAAACAUUCAAAGUGGAGUCUAUCUAUGUGCCUCGCAUACACUUGCACAAAUUGCAGAUUUCGUAACAUCGUGUAAUUCUGUAAUUCUGUUAUUCUUGUACAUAGUUUUGCACCAGAAUAGCUUGUACGUAUUGUAAGCUAAUAAAGUAAGUCAUCUUUUCCAAAGACACUGUUGCUUUCCUUUGUUUUGCGCCGGUGACCACCGUUUCGCAUAAUUUAGUUACGUCCUCUAACUUAAUGUGAGCUGUACAAUGUGCCCCAUUAAUUUUCCAGUUUGAACGUUACGCUUUUGUGUUCUCGUUAAGCGUAAUUGUAUGAAUUUGCGAGGACCUUGUGCCCUGCUUAUAUACGACAGAGGUCAACCGCGAGGGGAUCAGUACGCAUUCCUUUCUGCGCGCGGUUUCCCCGUUGCUUUUUCGCAUCUACGACGAGAUCUUCAUCGAAUGUCGGAUUGGCGAAGCAUACCGUGCGCGGAGAAGCACAAGCAGUUCCUCGAAAAACUGCUUACGGUCUUAAUCGAUUGCGCCUUCGAAAGCGUGUCCCGUAAAAAUCCUGUAUCGAGAUGGCGAGAAUCGGCUCACCUGCGGGAAAUCGUGAAGUUCGAUGUCAAAGACGAGCCGUGCAAUCAGGAUAAUCUCUUGGAGAUCGCUGACAAAGUCUUCAAGUACAGCGUCAAAACCGGUCACCCUUACUUCAUGAAUCAAUUAUUUUCUGGAUUGGAUCCGUAUGGUUUAGCUGGACAAUGGCUCACCGACGUAUUAAACUCUUCAGUGUAUACUUACGAGGUGGCGCCGGUUUUAACAUUAAUGGAGAAGACCAUCAUUUCGAAAUUGCUGAGCAUGUUCUACAAGGAGGAAAAUGGUGUUACUGUUGGAGACGGUCUAUUCUGCCCAGGAGGUUCCUUCUCUAAUGGAAUGGCUAUUAAUUUGGCCCGAUUUUGGUACAGAAAAACGACGCGAAGUAGUAUACAUAUAUCAUCUUCGAAUUUGGUGCUGUUCACAUCCGAGGACGCGCAUUAUUCGGUCUCAAAAUGGGCUAAUUUAUGCGAUGUGACGGUGAUUUUAAUAAAAACUGACAAUUACGGUAGGAUGAAUAUCAAUGACUUGAAAUCUAAGAUAAUCGAGGAACAGAAGAUUGGAAAUUACCCUUUCUCAGUUUCUGCAACCGCGGGAACAACGGUGUUAGGUGCCUUCGAUCCAUUAAUCGAAAUUGCGGAUGUUUGCCAGCAAUUUAACAUGUGGAUGCACGUGGAUGCAGCUUGGGGAGGUGGUUUGAUAUUCAGUAAAAAACACAGUGUCCUUCUGCGAGGAAUAGAAAGAGCUGAUUCCAUUUUGUUUAAUCCACACAAAUUAUUAGCUGUUCCUCAACAAUGUUCCCUAUUUCUGACCAGGCAUCAAAAUAUUUUAAAAGAGGCACAUUCCAAGCAGGCUUCUUAUCUUUUUCAAAAAGACAAAUUCUAUCCCACCGAUUUAGAUGUUGGGGACAAGUACUUGCAGUGUGGACGCAGACCAGAUGUGUUAAAAUUUUGGUUCAUGUGGCAGGCUAAGGGUACAUCAGGUUUCGAAAAGCAUGUCGACCACUUGAUGACACUCUCAGCUAUUUUUAAAGAAGAAGUAGAAACAAGGGAUGCCUUUGAAUUAGUAACAGAUUCGUGUUUUAUAAAUGUUUGUUUUUGGUUCAUUCCGCCAUCUUUGAGAAAUCAGCAUUCGUUAUACAAUUAUAAGGAACGAAUAAAUGAAGUUGCACCAAAAUUGAAGGAGAAGAUGGUCAAGAGAGGCAGCUUAAUGAUUAACUACCAACCGCUUCAUGAGAAACCAAAUUUCUUUCGAUUUGUAACUCAAAAUUCUGGCGUGGAUGUAAAGGAUAUUUAUUAUGUCUUUGACGAGUUAGAAAAUCUUGGAGAAACCAUGUGAUUUUGUGCGAGGUGUGCGAAAAUCGCGUACACGCAUCCUAGUGUAAGAAAAUAUUCAAUUUAUCAUUUCCAAAAAAUAAACAGCUUCUAUUGUAUGGCUGAUAUUUAGUUUCCUUUUAUUUUCGCUGUUUUUAUUUCUAAAGAUGUCUACGUCUUGAACGAUUAUUUGAUGAACGAAAUGAACGUUUCUUAUGUUAAUAAACUAUAAGCAUAAAUUAUUUCGUAAUUAUGCAUAUUAUUUUAUUAUCUAAAAAGAAAUUUACUAUUAGUACUAUAUCAUUUCGUAAUUUCUGAAUACAUAUUAUCUUUUUAAAUACUAUAUGCGGAUUACUAUCAAUUCGAUAUUCCUCCAAUAUGAUUGAAAGUUUUAACUAUAAACCUAAUUAUCAAGAAGUGGGCAUUCUCAAUGUAUUGAUUAUAAUUUGAUUUCCAUAAAAAGAGAAAAAGAAGACGACGAUGCGAAGCGAAGGUAUCGUUUUUCAAUCAAAAUUAUGCUAGUAUUUUACAUUCGCGGUGCUAUCGGAGAGCAAAACGAUGAAUUCCGUGUAAAGACGUUUUACGUUCGACAUUAACAGUGGUUUUAAUUAGUUCUCAGCGAAAGAAAUAUCGAAUUCCAGCCACGAAAAUCAAUUCCUUCGGGUUAACUAGGCGAAACCUAGCAGGCAGUUGAUCUGAUUAGAAGGGGGACCGACACUAAAUUUCUGAUGCCAAGGUACGAAGUCAAUUCGUGACUACGUUCGUCGCAGAGCCCGCGGCGCGUCGUCGUCGCGACGUACCCGACAACUAAUCCUGAUACAAGUGACAGCAUAUAGAGAAGCCCUAUGUAUAUCUAUAGAACUGCGUUCGUCCUAUGUAGAACAUAAUGAUUUGCCACCGUUACUGUAUCCCGAACUAUCGUAAACGAGGGGACCUCGAUGAUGAUCUUUUCGAAUAAACCGUUCCGAGACGAGAAUUUCAUUCUGAUCUGAAAGAAUGAAUUUCAUAGAAAACUGUGCAAACAUUACGAGAAUUUUAACCCUUAUAUUGUUUUUCAGUUGUAAAGAAGUAAUAUUAUUUUUGACUUACUGAAAUUAUUAAUUAUUAAUUAAUAAAUUGUUAUUCAAGUUA